CUUCCGACUCUGCAGCUUCAGCAUUCUCUGACUCUUCUUGCGUCUCGACCUCAGUCUCGACCUUCGGUUCCGCCUUUGGUUGAAUAAAGCGAAUUGCUGCUGGAUCCACAGACACCAUAUCGCCAGGAGCCAACCUAGUGUUCGCAUUUGUGUGCUAAAUUGCAACAUAUAUUAGCGCAGUAACCGCGAGUGCUGCCUUAUGCACAUACCUUCUUCCCAUUCAGCAACACAUUGCCGUGUACCACCAUCCUGCGAGCCUCGUAGACACUCUGUGCCAGACACGCUCGGAAGAUGAUCACAUCAAUCCGCCUCUCAAUCUCGACGAACAUCAGACUGCCGACAGGUGCCAGUGCUUUACUGUCGUCGUCCUCCUUUUGCCUCGCUUGCUUCGUAGCAGCAUUGUCUUUCCGCGCCCACUUAUUCAGUAAUAUAGAAUCGUCAGCGGUCUUGCGAGGUCGGACGUCUGGAAUGGUGUCAGGCAGAUACCAUCGCUUGAAGAGUUUCUCAUUAAUGAAGUCUCCGUGGUAUGCACGAACGAGCGACUUGGAUAUCCAGCGCUGCUGGAAGAGAGUGAGAGUCUUGCGCUGGUUCUUGAAGUUAGUCUGGAAUUGGAGGCCCCCUAACGAUCUUCUCCACAAAAUAUAGAGAUUUUUGGACGACCAGCUCUAUUGCAUAGUUAGAACAAGGUUCAAUUAAACUAAAGCGCGACGCACCAUCCUGGGCAAAGCCCGGUUCAUGUUGAAGAGAUUCGCAUCUCGCAUCACGGUCUACCCUCACUGGACCCUCCAAAUCCUUCGCCCAAAAGACGAAUAUGAACGGGAGUACAGACAAGUCGAGUCUGCACGGUUUGAAUCCAGCAACUAGAAAGAGAACAAGCCUUGGGCGCCGGUCUUUGCCGCAUGCAAGUCUCAGCGCUUGAGUCCUUUCGCAGUAAAGUCACCUAAAACAUGGACCCAUACACCCCAAGAGUACGACCAGGCGGACGCAAGAAGAAUCUUACUCUUUCAACGCGAGAAUACAAUAAAAUCACUGGAACUAUCGCGUCAGUAAGGAAGACGAGAGAGUAUCUUCACGAUGGAGCGGACGGCGAGUAUGUUAAAGGAAGUCACGUCUCGAGGAAUGGUAGGCCAAGAGGCAGCACAGGUCUCGACGAGCCCUCAUUCAUUGAAGAAGCGUCAUUUGUCCGUGCUCCUUUGAAUUCCCGCGUCUCAAUGAGUCCGGCCAUGUCUAUGGGGAAGGGAAAGGGAAAGGCUGAAAGCUUAGAUCGCGUGCCGGUCGAGAUACAAGAAGCCCUCAUCCUGGAGGAUCUCUUAUUCGUCCUAAUGGGAAUUCCUGGCACGUACAUAACGCUGCCCCCGGACUAUUCGCCAGAGGACGAAGAUCCACUCGAAGGUCUUCGCUUUGUUGUAUCAUCCUCUCUAGAUCCAUCCCUACGUGAUUCGGUGGAACGUAUACUCCCUCUUGCGACUUACUAUACAGGAAUCUGCUCGUUUAUCGAGAUGAAGAGUCAUCUUGACCUCGGUCUUGUCAAUCAUGCGCUUUGUGCCGCUUUACGAAACAUGCUCAAGGAUUAUCAAACCCUGCUUGCCCAGUUGGAGCAUGCCUUCAACACCUCACCCACCUUCACCCUUCACAAACUCUGGUUCUAUGUCCACCCUACCUUGCACACCCUCUCUCUCCUCUACCAACUGACAACUGAACUCGCUACAGCGGACGAUCCUUCCGGAUCAGCCUCUUCUUCAUCCUCACCCAAUACUUCUGAUGCCGAAGAAGAAGCACGAAACGAAGCUCUAGGUCUCGGCGGCGCCAAGCUAAAAGCUGUCCUCAACGAGAUCGACAAGAAUGGUCACGAAGCUAGCGGGAUCCCCGUCAAAGGCGGCGAAGUCUUAGCGAUUAUUUGGGAUCGAAUACAAGUAAUGUAUGGUGACCCGACGGCGAACACACUAUAUAGUGCUCUCUUGAGGAGUGCAGGGAAACCUUAUGUGGAGAUGUUGCAGGAGUGGAUGAGGACGGGACGUUUGGUUGAUCCGUACGAGGAGCUGUGCGUAAAGGAGAGCAAAUUCAUUGAUCGAGGGACGUUGGAAAUGGAUUAUACGGAUGAAUAUUGGGAGAGACGAUACACCCUGCGAGAUGGCUCGACGCUAGGUAGCACGAAGCAGAACCUCGCCGGCGUUCCCCCAGUGCGCGCGGUUGGUGGUCGUUUGCCUGGUGGCGCAUGUGUACCUCCUUUCCUAGAACGUUGGAAACACAAGAUCCUACUAGCAGGCAAGUACCUCAAUGUCAUACGGGAAUGCGGGAUCGAGAUCAGCAAGGACUCAAGUGAAACUAACAAUCAAGAGAUCUUCCUUGACGACGAAAAGUUCUACAAAGUCAUAGAAGAAGCAUAUACCCACGCUAACCAUACCCUACUUCGUCUCCUCCUCCGUGAACAACAGCUGAUUCCCCGCUUACGAUCCCUCAAACGUUACUUCUUCCUCUCUCAAUCCUCUUUCCUCACACACUUCCUCGAUCUCUCCCACACGGAACUCCGGAAACCUGCGAAAGGCGCAUCUCUCGUCAAAUUACAGUCUCUAUUGGACCUGGCGCUAAAUACCGAUGCCCAAGGAGAGGAUGCACUCUUUAGGGAAGACGUCAAGGUUACGAUGGCUGGGAGUAGCCUUUAUGAGUGGUUGGAUAAGGUGUUGAGAGAGAAUGGUAACUUUAAUGACCAGGACGGUACAGAUACGCAGAGCGCAUCACAUACCUCUCACCGAAGUAAAAAGAAGGGCGAGGGAGAUGAGAAGCAACUGCUAGCGAGCGAUACGCUCCAAUUGGACUAUACCGUCAACUUCCCGCUUUCUCUUGUCAUUUCCCGCAAGACCAUCCUUCGGUACCAACUCAUCUUCCGCUUUCUCUUACACCUCAAACACGCCGAGAGGUCAUUAUCCACAAUGUGGAUCGAACACACAACAUUAACCUGGCGCAAACCACUCAAAUUGCCCACUCCUCGACCGUCCCUUUCUCGACCUCCAUCCCGACCUCCGUCUCGUCCAGGCUCUUCAGCAGCCUCGCAUCCACCAACACCUCAGCCACCAGAGAACGACUGGAGAACUGAUCUCGAAAACUGGCGAAAACGGGUGUUCUUGUUGCGAGCGAGGAUGUUGGCGUGUGUACAGCAGAUGCUGGCGUUCGCUACGUUUGAGGUCUUGGAGCCGAAUUGGCGGAAGCUGGAAGGUAAGCUUGAAGCAGGGAAGGUGGAGACAGUGGAUCAGCUCUUGAGAGAACAUGUGGAUUUCUUGGAUACGUGUCUGAAGGAAUGUAUGUUGACGAGUCGGAAGUUGAUUACGUCGUGUUCUCGUAUCCUGCGGGUCAUUUCUGCGUUCGCACUUUACAACUCUGCUUUGUCCAAGGAUGCGAACCGAGCGCUUGCGACUGGGGAAUCACCAGAGUGGGUCCAACAAUCUGCGAACAGGUGGGAAAUUCUUGGUCGGUUUGAGACUAACUUCAACCACUGGUUCAAGGUACAUAUGGACUGCAUCCAGUUCUAUGCUUCAAGCGAGAACGUAUCGCUUCUUCCUCUUGUUGUUCGAUUAAACGGAAUCAAAGGUCCAUUAUAAGUAAAUAGAUCAUGCCCAUCAUCUCUUGUCAUCAUCUAGUUGCACCUGACCAUCUGUACUGCUUACCUGCAUAACACUAAGUUAUUCCUUAGUCUUGUCGUAUCUCGCCUUUCCUUAAUUCAUUUUCAAACAGUCCGAUUGAG